UCUGGAGCCGUAUGGAUUACUUUUAUGAUGGAUGAAUGCACUUUUUGGGGCUUCAAAAUCUUGAGUGCCAUUCACUCCCAUUAUAAAGCUUGGAAGAGCCAGGAUAUUUUUUAAUAUAACUCUGAUUGUGUUUGGCUGAAAGAAGAUAGUCAUAUACACAUAGGAUGGCUUAAGGGUGAGUAAAUUUCAUUUAAAUUCAUUUAAAUAAUUUUCAUUUCUGGGUGAACUAUACCUUUAAGGCCACUGAUUACAUAUUCAUUUUCCUUUGUUUUGUUUCCAUUGACUGUUUCAUACACGCACUCCUCUUCCUUAUUCAGUAUCACAGUUAAAUGACAUUUUUUAAGGUUUUGUUUAACGUUUAUAUUAUGCAUUGUUAUAUCUGAUUGUAACUGAAGUGACAUUAAAUUAUUGAAGUUCUUUUUGCCCUAUAAAUACAUGUUUCUCUCUCAGUGAUUUAGUGUUUUGCUCAAACGUUUAAGCCAUUUAGGAGGAAGAAAAAAAGUUGUGGCAAAAGUUUGUUUAGUCAUCAGUUCUUCUCCUGUAUUUUCAACCACACUCCUUAAGAAGACUCUACAGACAAACUAAUAACCUAGUGGUAGUUGUUCCAGUCAUCAUUAUGGCCACUGCCACUAAUGUACAAGCUCUGAUGUCUCACUUUAACUCACCGGUUGGUGAAGGUAUGUUUUCCCAACCUAAUCAGAGCAAUCAGUUCAGCAGCAGCAGGACUGAUGACCAGAAUCCACUGUUGGCGGUGAAACUCAGACCUGUGGUCAUGAAUAAGGGCGCAGGCUCCAGGCCUACUCCUAAACCACUCAUGGUCAAACCCAACUUCACAGUCAACUCUUUGGAGACUAGAAUCAAUCCUCCACUUUCUAACAACAAGGCCAAUGUUGACUCGAGAAGUGAUGCUGUUGGAGCGAAGCUGCCCAGUAGAGGACAACAGGAGAACUCGUAUACACAAGCUCCCACUGCCGGAGCCAAACCCUGGAGUCCUGCCAAACCACCUGUUAUGCAGAAACCUGUUCUCCAUAAAGACAUCUCUGCAGCACCUGGAACUGCUACUGAUGAUUUGUCAGUGCCGAAAAAGAAGCUUCUCCCCAGUGUGUUUGCUUUAGGAAAGUGUCCUGCCAAACCAAAGAGACCUCCACAUGUUAACCUCAACAAGUUCAGAGGGAAUGGUUCAUCAGUAUCCAACACCAACAAUCCUGAGGUUGAUCCUGAAGUUUUCCCCCUCCCACCCCCACCGCCACCUGAACGCCUGUUGAACACAUCUAUGCCUCCACCCCCACCGCCAGACAUCACAUUUCCACCAGCUCCCCCUUUGAUGGAUCCGACUCUUCAGGAGGAUUAUUAUGACGAUACGGACACCGUGAUGAACAGGACACAGACUUCACUAGGUAAAAGCAGCAAUGACCCUGAGGAGUCGGAUGAGGAGAUGUACGAGGAUCUUGACCACAACUGGCCAGAAAACAACAAAGAAACGAAGGAGGAAAAGACGACAAAAGAAUCAAAAGAACUCAAGAAAAAGCUUGAAAAAGAAGAGAAGAAACGCUUGGAGCAGGAGAAGAAAGAGAAGAAAGAGAGAGAGAAAAGGCAGCAGGAGGCCAGGAAAAAGUUUAAAAUCAAGGGUACGAUUGAGGUAGUUGACACGGUGAAGGCCACAGUGGACCACAAGGGUGGGAAGAACAAACUUCCACUGAAGCAGGGAGAGACCAUUGAAAUUGUGCGCAAAACAGACAACCCAAAGGACUAUUGGCUUGCCAGGAACACUGAAGGCCACUAUGGUUUUGUGAAGCCUGACACUCUAGAUGUGUGUGGUGAAGUGAGACACACACAGGAUGGACAGGAGGUGUACGAUGAUGUGGGCGGAGGUGAUGAAGUCAUGACAGCAUUUGAAUGUGAUGAAGAUAUUUAUGAGUGUGCAGAAGAUACUCAAGCUGAUUUCAGCUUCCCCCCUCCACCCCCCCUUGAAUUUAAUGGUGUGGAUGCCACUGAUGAUACGUAUGAUGAUGUGAAUCCAACAGACUUCCCUCCACCUCCUCCUCCUGACAGUAUUCCAGUGUACAGCUCAACAAGCAAGACAAACGAGAUGGACCCAAAGAAAAAGAAAAAGUUUGAGAAGGAGGAGAAGGAGUUUAGGAAGAAGUUUAAAUAUAAUGCAGAAAUCAAAGUGCUUUAUCAAGCUACUAUCCUCCAGUCACUGUCUAUAAAGAAGUUUGGUAGUAAAGACCUGCCGAUAAAACCCGGAGAAAUGAUUGACGUGAUAGUUCACCCAGUAGAUGACAAAAUCAUCGGCCGUAACAGCGAAGGGAAAUUUGGCUAUGUGUCUACUGCUAAUUUGGAGCAGGACGGAUCUGUUUAUGAUGAUGUUGGUGAUGAGUGCAUCUACGACAACGACUAAGCGUGGAUCAACUCAUCUAGCAUGUGUUUUCAUCACUUUGAACAUCUUUAUUUGUCAUUGAUCCUUUCAGAAAAAAACAUGUUUUUUUUCCAUUGUUUGAGAAUUAUAUAAAGUGAAUAUUAUACAUUGUAUAUAUAGUGACCUCUGUAGAAAUAAAGUCAUGUGUUAAAAAAACUGAACAUGUCUUUUCUUUUAUGAAUUGAAUGUUUUGCUCUAACAAAUAAAAUGUAAAAAAUAUACACCAGUGAAGCAGCAUUGGAAUUAAAAUGUA